UAAACACAACGAGGCAAUCGCUGAGAUUGAGAAGCUGAAAGUGACCAAUCAGGAGCUGGAGACAAAGCUGGAGCAGAUCCAACAGGAUCUUCAGGAAGCCCGGGAUCGGCUGGUGGAUCAACAAGAGGAAGCAGCUGAGCGAGAGGAGAGAGAAGGACUUCAGAGAACUCGCUCCAUCCGACGCCGUGUGACCCAAAAACCGACCCCCCUGGGAGAGAAUCCUGCACUCGCUCACCUGAGGGUCGAAGGCCCGGAUGUAACCAUGGCAACAGGUGGCGAUGGAGAUGGAGUCAGUGAGGAACCAGCAGCGUCUUCAGGACGUGACGGAGCAGCAGAGAGAAUGAAAGAGUUACAGGAAGAGCUUGUCUCUCUGCGCAGUAAACAGGAGGCAGCCAUCACUGAGAACCAAAAACUCAAAGGGACCAAUCAGGAGCUGGAGAUGAAGCUGGAGCAGAUCCACAAGGAUUUUCAGGAAGCCCGGGAUCGGCUGGGGGAUCAACAGGAGGAAGCAGCUCAGCGAGAGGAGAGAGAGGGUAAACACAACGAGGCAAUCGCUGAGAUUGAGAAGCUGAAAGUGACCAAUCAGGAGCUGGAGACAAAGCUGGAUCAGAUCCAACAGGAUCUUCAGGAAGCCCGGGAUCGGCUGGUGGAUCAACAAGAGGAAGCAGCUGAGCGAGAGGAGAGAGAAGG